AUGCCGCGCACACCAUUUCGGCUGUUUUCUCCUAUUCAAUUUGGCCCAGGGCCACAAGAUGAAGAAAGCGAAGAGACAUCGAGCCCAGACAUCACUAGAGAAUCUGAGGAUACUCUUGAAGAUCCAUACACCAUAGAUGACAUAGACUACGACGAUGAUGAAUCAGGUUCAGAUCUGUCCAGCACUCUGAAAUCGGUUUCUGACGAGGUUUUAGUUUUUGUAGCUGGCGCAUGCCUCGAAAGAAUGUCAGAUUCUGGAUUUGGUAGAAUGCUCUCUUCUCAAGAUGAGGGGUUUCGCAAACAAGCAUGGAAGCUAUGGAAAAAUGAUCUGACAACAUUCAGCAUUCAUGAAGUAUGCAAUGGCUGUGGAAAGGAAGUUGAUGGGAGCUGUUGUUCUGAAGUGAUUCGUUACGUGCGCACAGGAGGAUUCUCUCAAUUGAUUGAUAUCGUGAAGCAGCACUUGGAAAGUAUUUUGAGUAUUCGAGAACGUUUACGAGAUGGCACCGAAAGAACACACAAUCUAUUAGGAUCUUAUAUUGGAAGACUUUGGAAGUCGGAAUAUGGGAACCGGCUGAAACUUUCUCUCCUUGGUUCCGUUGACGGUGUAAAUCUGAAUGGAAACACGAGACAGAAGAGUCUCAUGUUGCCUGGGGAUCAUUUGUAUAAAGAGCGAUGGUCCGGUGGUUCAGCCCAGCGCAUGAGGGUUCACGAGCCGGCUCACAAAGAACGAGGAGAGAUGAGCGAUGACUAUUUUUGGGAGCAACGAAACGAAUCGAGUGAACGAGUGGGUUUGCGUCGCGAGUUCUCCGAGGAGGACGAUGAUAGCGAACAGGCAGAAAGUCCAUCAAGAAAAAAUCGUUUAUCUUCUAGCCACAAUUUAUGGAACCCGUCUGACUUCAUUCAGAACACAUGUUUUGAUAGAGUUACGGGUGAAUUGUUGUCGAGAAAACAAUGUCUCGCUGCUCCUCUUGUUGGAUUUGAUUUAGAUGACGGGCGGAAAGAAGAUGACGAGAUUUUGCUGCCAGGUGGGAAACGAGUUAUGAUCUCAAAGCUUAUCGAUCCGACGGCUUGUACCAACUGGGUUGGUUCCACUGCUGUUUCCAAGGCUGUUGUUUCUGUUUUGAAAUUGAUUCAAGCUCGAGAUCCAUACUUCCUCAUCUAUUCGUCUCCAGAAAGCAGUAGAAGUACUGAUUACCCUCCGAUAGAUGACGAUUUCUUCAGAAUUUUUGCCAACGUCCUGAAAGCCGGCUUCAAAAUCGUCGAGUCCUCUUCAUCGCUCAUAUCGCUUGCAUCGUCGAUCCGAAGAACAACGCGAAAUUACAUCGACAAGCAGCGAAAAAGUGCAACUUCAAUUGAUCUUUCCAAGAUGCUCUCGGAUUUCAUGGAAAAAUUUAAAAUAGAUUCUGAAUUUCGCCUAUCCGAACCAUCAAUCGAAAACUGUGGAACAAUUACUAAAAAUCUCUGGACCAUCCGUACGCCUUCAACUGAAGAAUCUAAAAAGUUGAAAUCCGUAUCGCCUAUAUUGUCUGAAGAAGGAUUGCAAACGGUCGAUGAUAGCCAACCAUCGACGUCAUCAACGCCUAUUAGUGGAAAAAAGCGUAUUCACCAAAAUCAUUCGGAAUACGGGAGAAUUAUCGGACGUCGGAUUAUCACUAAACCAGUUCAUUCGUCAUCGGAAGGUCUCGCGAAGUUUACACGAUUUUCAAAAAAGGGAAAACUUGAGAAAUAA